AUGCGACCCGUCAUACGGCAAGGUGUCCGGCACUACUCCUGCCAGUCAUCGCAGCAGAGCCGCCAACCGACGGAAACGCCUCUUUCUCCGGUCCCCGACGCGGCGGUCGUACCACUCGUCGUCCAGAAGUCGUCCGCGUGGGCGGCCAUGGCGUCGGUCGCCACCAACGUCGUGAGCAACGCGGCGAAGCGGGCGGUCGGCGCCGUCCCGGGCCCUGCGGAUCUGCCGGUCCACCCCCUCAAGGUGGUGGCCAAGGAGCUCAGCACCAAGUUCCUCACGCCCAGCAUCAAGAACCUCGUCGCGUCCCGCACCCCGCAGCUCGACCGGGUGGCCAAGUACUACACCCAGGCGGAAGGCAAGUACGUCCGCCCGCGCAUCGUGCUGCUCAUGGCGCGCGCCACCGCGCUCUGCCCCAAGGCCGGGCCCGACUCCCAGUCCGCCAGCCUGAACCCGGCCCCCGACGCCGAACCGAUACCCGGCGUCAACCCCGCCCAGCGCCGGCUUGCCGAGAUCACCGAGACCAUCCACACCGCCUCCCUCCUCCACGACGACUUCGGCAACAAGAUGGCUGUGCUCGGCGGCGACUUCCUCCUCGCCCGUGCCUCCGUCUCCCUCGCCCGUCUCCGCCACCCCGAAGUCAUUGAGCUGCUCGCCACCGUCAUCGCCAAUUUGGUCGAGGGCGAGUUCAUGCAGCUCCGCAACACCGAGGCCGGCGAGCGCGACCCCGUCUGGACCGAGGACGCCCUCACGUAUUACUUGGAAAAGACGUACCUCAAGACGGCCAGCCUCAUCUCCAAGUCGUGCAGGGCUACCGCCAUCCUCGGCGGCGCGGACGCCGCCACCGUCGAUGCCGCGUACGCGUACGGAAAAAACCUCGGUCUCGCAUUCCAGCUCGUUGACGACAUGCUCGACUAUACCAUUAGCGGCAAGGACCUCGGCAAGCCUGCGGGCGCGGACCUUGAGCUCGGCCUCGCUACGGCUCCCCUCUUGUUCGCGUGGAAGGUGAACCCGGAGCUGGGUGCUCUCGUGGGUAGGAAGUUUGCCGAGGAGGGCGAUGUUGCUAGGGCUCGUGAGCUCGUAAUCCAGAGCAACGGUAUCGAGCAGACGCGUGCCCUCGCCGAAGACUACGCCAACAAGGCGGCGGCGGCCUCGAUGCCUUCCCUGACAGCGAGGCAAAGGAGGGCUUGA